AUGAGGGCGGGCUGGCUGAGGUGGUUGGAUAACAAGACUGGCAGGCUGGUGCGGGGGCAGACAUCCGAUCAGCAAGAGAAAGCUGAGAGGACGGUGCUGGAGCAGGAGCUGAAGGGGCUGACAACAGAGAAGGAGCACAAACUAUCAAUAAACACUGCCCACUCCUGCAGGGCAGGCCCCUGUGAGGCUCCACUGCACACACUGCGGGAGGCCUUCAAUGCAGGGCGGACUCGGCCUGCUGAGUUCCGGACAGCCCAGCUGCAAGGCCUGGGCCGCUUCUUGAAGGACAACAAGCAGCUGCUGCAGGAUGCACUGGCUAAGGAUGUGGGCAAGUCAGCCUUCGAGUCAGACAUGAGUGAGAUCAUCCUGUGCCAGAACGAGGUGGACCUGGCCCUCAAGAACCUGCAGACGUGGAUGAAGGACGAGUCUGUGUCCACCAACUUUCUCACGAAGUUCAGCUCAGCCUUCAUCCGGAAAGAGCCCUUUGGCCUGGUACUUAUCAUCGCUCCCUGGAAUUAUCCUCUGAACCUGAUGAUCAUGCCUCUAGUGGGGGCCAUUGCUGCAGGAAACUGUGUGGUGCUGAAGCCAUCAGAAAUGAGCAAGAACACAGAGAAGGUGCUGGCAGAGCUGCUACCCCAGUAUCUGGACCAGAGCUGCUUUGCUGUGGUGCUGGGUGGGCCCGAGGAGACCGGGCAGCUGCUGAAGCACAAAUUUGACUACAUCUUCUUCACAGGGAGCCCUCGGGUAGGCAAGAUCGUCAUGGCCGCUGCCGCCAAACACCUGACGCCCAUCACCCUGGAGCUGGGGGGUAAGAACCCCUGCUAUGUGGACGACAGCUGCGACCCCCAGACAGUGGCCAACCGCGUGGCCUGGUUCCGCUACUUCAACGCCGGCCAGACCUGUGUGGCCCCGGAUUAUGUCCUGUGUAGCCAGGAGAUGCAGGAGCGGCUGGUGCCCGCCCUGCAGAAUGCCAUCACGCGUUUCUAUGGAGACAACCCACAGACCUCCCCCAACCUGGGCAGAAUCAUCAACCAGAAGCAUUUCGAGCGGCUGCAGGGAUUGCUGGGCUGUGGCCGUGUGGCCAUCGGGGGCCAGAGCGAUGAGGGGGAGCGCUACAUUGCCCCCACAGUGUUAGUGGAUGUGCAGGAGACAGAGCCCGUGAUGCAGGAGGAGAUCUUUGGGCCCAUCCUGCCCCUGGUGACUGUGAGGAGCCUGGAUGAGGCCGUUAACUUCAUUAACCAGCGGGAGAAGCCACUGGCAUUGUAUGCCUUCUCCAACAACAGCCAGGUGGUGACCCAGAUGUUGGAACGCACCAGCAGCGGUAGCUUUGGAGGCAACGACGGCUUCCUCUACCUGACCCUACCAGCUCUGCCCCUGGGGGGAGUUGGUAACAGUGGGAUGGGCAGGUACCAUGGCAAGUUCUCCUUUGACACCUUCUCCCACCAGCGUGCCUGCCUGCUGCGCAGCCCUGGGAUGGAAAAGCUUAAUGACCUCCGUUACCCGCCUUAUGGUACCUGGGACCAACAACUGAUAAGCUGGGCUAUGGGCUCCCAGAGCUGCACUCUCCUGUGAAUGUCACCCUGGGUCCUCUCUCUUGCUGUCCCGCCCCAACCUACCUGAGCUUUCAGCGGCUUCCAAUUCCCCAGUGGUUCCUGAAAGACAGGUGUCUGGUCCAGCCUGUGAACACCCCACUUCUGGAACUCUUUCUGGACACACCUGCAGCCAUGCAGAACCACCAGGCAGGUGGCUGGUCCAGCCCCUUCCUGUAGCACAGCACCCCCAGCAGCCUCCUGACCUUCUGCUUAGACAGAGAGAUUCCCUCACCAAGUUUGGGCAGACCUGGUGACUGAGGGGUUCUUUCUUUGUCAGAUCAUAGCAGGGUCCCAAAAGACAGAGCAGUUGCUCACAACUCCAUCCACACCUGAAGGGUGCUUUGUCCCACCUGAUGUGACAUGAUCAUGAACCCAGAUCAGAAUAAUUGGUAGAAUCUGAAGUUACUUUCCUGUAGCUUCUAUUAAAUGACCUGGCAUGAGCAAAUUCUGGAGGAAAAGAUUUACUCAUGGCUCACGGCUCAUGGCACCAGAAGGUUCCAUGCCCCAAGACACAGCAGACGUGACAGAAUACAGGUUAGUUCAUAGGAUGGCAGGCCAGGGAACAGCAUGAAUAAGAAGGAAAGCAUGGUUGAUUAGUUAUGUCUGCUCUGGGCCCAGGCAAGGGUGUGUGUAUAUGUAUUGGCCAUAUCUCCACUCCUAGAAAGAUAAAAUGAGAGGCAGAAUAUGAAAUUUGAUAUAGCUCAGUGGUUAAAAGCACUGGCUGCUCUUCCGAGGAUUCAGUCCCAGCACCCACGUGGCAGCUUACAAUCAUCUAGAACUCCAGUUCCCAAGGCGUCCAUCACAUUCUUCGGGCUUCAGCAAGAACCAAGCACGAAUAUGAUGCUCAGACAUCCAUGUAGGCAGAAUAUACGUGGAAAAUAAAAUAACAAAAUCUUUAAAAA